AUGGGCGCACCCCCGCGGGCGGGCCGCGGAUCUGGCGCGGCGCGGGCGGGCCCGGCCCGGUUCGCUGCGCUUGUGCUACUGACAUGCAGCCUGUGGCCAGCUCGGGCUGACAACGCAAGCCAGGAGUACUACACGGCGCUCAUCAACGUGACGGUGCAGGAACCCGGCCGCGGCGCCCCGCUCACGUUCCGCAUCGACCGCGGGCGCUACGGGCUCGACUCACCGAAGGCCGAGGUCCGCGGCCAGGUGCUGGCGCCGCUGCCCAUUCACGGAGUUGCUGAUCAUCUGGGCUGUGAUCCUCAAACACGGUUCUUUGUUCCUCCUAAUAUCAAACAGUGGAUUGCCUUGCUGCAGAGAGGAAAUUGUACAUUUAAAGAGAAAAUUUCACGGGCUGCUUUCCACAAUGCAGUUGCUGUAGUCAUCUACAAUAAUAAAUCCAAGGAGGAGCCAGUCACCAUGACUCAUCCAGGCACUGGAGAUAUUAUUGCUGUCAUGAUUACAGAAUUGAGGGGUAAGGAUAUUUUGAGUUAUCUGGAGAAAAACAUCUCUGUACAAAUGACAAUAGCUGUUGGAGCUCGUAUGCCGCCAAAGAACUUCAGCCGUGGCUCUCUAGUCUUCGUGUCAAUAUCCUUUAUUGUUUUGAUGAUUAUUUCUUCAGCAUGGCUCAUAUUCUACUUCAUUCAGAAGAUCAGGUACACAAAUGCACGUGACAGGAACCAGCGUCAUCUUGGAGAUGCAGCCAAGAAAGCCAUCAGCAAAUUGACAACCAGAACAGUAAAAAAGGGUGAUAAGGAAACAGAUCCUGACUUUGAUCAUUGUGCAGUCUGCAUAGAGAGCUAUAAGCAGAAUGAUGUUGUCCGAAUUCUCCCCUGCAAACAUGUUUUCCACAAAUCCUGCGUGGACCCCUGGCUUAGUGAACAUUGUACCUGUCCUAUGUGCAAACUUAAUAUUUUGAAGGCUCUGGGAAUUGUGCCAAAUUUGCCAUGUACUGAUAAUGUAGCAUUUGAUAUGGAAAGGCUCACCAGAACCCAAGCAGUUAACCGAAGAUCAGCCCUUGGUGACCUUGCCAGCGACAGCUCCCUUGGUCUCGAGCCACUUCGAACUUCGGGGAUAUCACCUCUUCCUCAGGACGGGGAACUUACUCCUAGAACAGGAGAAAUCAACAUUGCAGUAACAAAAGAAUGGUUUAUUAUUGCCAGUUUUGGCCUCCUCAGUGCUCUCACACUCUGCUACAUGAUCAUCAGAGCCACAGCUAGCUUAAAUGCUAAUGAGGUAGAAUGGUUUUGAAGAAGAAAAAAACUGCUUUCUGACUGACUGCCUUGAAGGAAAAAAGAACCUAUUUUUGUGCAUCAUUUACCAAUCAUGCCACACAAGCAUUUAUUUUUAGUACAUUUUAUUUUUUCAUAAAAUUGCUAAUGCCAAAGCUUUGUAUUAAAAGAAAUAAAUAAUAAAAUAAAAA